GGAGAUCGAGUUGUUCUUGGGGGUCAACACUAUUUCCGAUUCAAUCACCCACUGGAGGUUCAGAAAAACCAGAAAAGUUCAGAGGAUUCGGGCAGCAGUAAAGAGAUGCCUCACGACUUUGAGUUUGCUAAAAAUGAGUUGAUUGAAGCACAAAACCAAAGGAUUGAAGCUGAAGUUGAUGAAGCUUGGCAACAUACACAGCAAGAAAUUCUACUGGGGUUGCAGGCUGCAAAAGAUGCUGCACAAAAGGACUUGAGUGAUCCUCAUGAACGUUACGAAGAUGGACUUUGUGCUUUCCAAGAUGAAAUGGAAAAAGAGUUAAAUCCAAAGCAAGAAAAACUGAGCCAUGAAGUUAAGGAAAAAAGAAGCAAAAUUCAUCUGAAGAAGUUGCUCCUCGCCUGUAAAGCUGAGUCUUUAUCACAGGAAUUUGAAGAGACGCGGUUAAGGCACAGUAAAUUCAUGGAGGCUCUUGAGCUGGAAAAGGCCAAAUUGUCACAAGAAGUGGCAGAUCUUAAACAAGCACAAGCCAGCAGGGGAGAAGAGCAGCAGAUGAUUCCUCAACAAGGGAAUCCAAAAUGGACGCUCUUAGACUGUCAUUGCUGCUACAGGAAGCAAAAUGCCAUUAGCAGAAGUUCUGAAGAAGCACACCGUGUUCACAAG